AUGGGUGAAGAAUGCACAGAUAUACAUUGCCCAUACCUACACUUUCAAUCUCUUAAUAUAAAUCAAGGCCAAGUUUUAAGAUACCUCGACGCUUUCGAUCUCAAGAAGGAAACUGAAAAUGGAGCAACACAACUGCUUGAUUCACCAGAAUCACACAUAACUUUUACAAAUAACUUCUCAAUUAAACCAAUUAUUUGUCAAAUUUGUUACGAAAUCGUUAAACCAGAAGAAGCAGUUAAAUUCAACUGUUGCCAGGUCUAUUGCUGCAAGAAAUGUCAGGAAACAUGGAAAUAUAAAAAUUGUUGCCCAAUUUGCAAUUCCAGCGAACAUUUCCAGCCAAACUCAGAAGAAAUAGCAGAAGAGGUUAAGAAGGCAAACAAAAUCUUUUCAAUUUACAAAUAUGAAAAAGAAAUUAUUCAAUAA